UUAAACUUCCCCCACGACCUGAUGACGUCAAACAUAUGCGCCGAAAUCUAACCACGUGGGGACGUUUUCUGCAGCAGUAAACAUCCGCAGUGACGCUCAGAAACACUUUAACGUUUAUUCUUAACGUUAAAACAAUCUCAAGAAACAACUGCAAGGGUUUCGCUAGGAGGGUGACUUUCUCCAGACCAUGCCCCACGACCCCGACCCUCCUCCGGCUAAGAGAUUCAAGCCGGGGUCCGUUUUCUUCCGCCUCGAUAGGAAUAAACCUGGAAUGCUGCUGCCUAGAAAGGGGAAUGCCAGCAGUACUCCCAUAGACGUCCAGAGGAAGCAGCUCCCGAUCUACCAGGCCAAACCUCAGCUGCUCAACCAGCUGAGACAGCUGCACAAUGCUAUCCUCAUAGGGGAGACUGGCUCUGGGAAGACCACUCAGAUCCCCCAGUACCUGUAUGAGGCCGGCAUCGGACGACAGGGCAUCGUCGCCAUCACUCAGCCCCGCAGGGUUGCUGCUAUCUCACUGGCAGGAAGGGUGGCAGAGGAGAAGAGGACUCAACUUGGCAAGCUGGUUGGUUACACGGUGCGCUUUGAGGACGUCACCUCCUCCGAGACGAAGCUGAAGUUCAUGACGGAUGGCAUGCUCUUGCGCGAGGCCAUCGGCGACCCUUUGCUGCUGCGCUACACCGUGGUGGUCCUGGACGAAGCUCACGAGCGCACCGUGCACACGGAUGUGCUGUUCGGCGUGGUUAAGGCAGCACAGCGGAGGCGCAGAGAGCUCAACAAGAUCCCCUUAAAGGUCAUAGUGAUGUCAGCCACGAUGGAUGUGGAUCUGUUCUCCGAGUACUUCAACAAGUCACCUGUGCUUUACCUGGAGGGCAGGCAGCAUCCCAUUCAGAUCUACUACACCAAGCAGCCCCAGUCCGACUACCUGCAGGCUGCGCUCGUCUCUGUCUUCCAGAUCCAUCAGGAAGCCCCUCCCUCCCAUGAUAUCUUAGUCUUCAUGACUGGUCAGGAAGAGAUUGAGGCUCUGGCGAGGACAUGCCGAGACAUCAGCAAACAUCUGCCGGAUGGCUGCGGUCCCAUGCUCGUCAUCCCUCUGUACGCAUCGCUGCCCCCGGCACAGCAGCUCAGGGUCUUCCAGCCGGCUCCUAAGGGCUGUAGGAAGGUCAUCCUCUCCACCAACAUUGCCGAAACGUCGGUCACAAUCUCUGGGAUCAAAUUCGUCAUAGACACGGGGAUGGUGAAGGCCAAACGUUUCAACCCUGACAGCGGGCUGGAGGUGCUGGCCGUGCAGCGGGUCUCUAAAGCCCAGGCGUGGCAGAGAGCCGGUCGGGCCGGCAGAGAGGACUCCGGCUCCUGCUACCGCCUCUACACCGAGCAGGAGUUCGACAACCUCAUCCCCAUGACUGUGCCCGAGAUCCAGAGGUGUAACCUAGCCAGCGUGAUGCUGCAGCUCAUGGCUCUGGGGAUUCCAGAUGUGAUGAAUUUUGAUUUCAUGUCCAAGCCCUCGCCAGAGGCCGUUCGCUCAGCUGUGGAGCAUUUGGAGCUGCUGGGAGCCUUAGAGAGGAAGGAGGGGCAGGUUCUCCUCACCGCUCUGGGAAAGAAGAUGGCAAGCUUCCCUCUGGAGCCCAGAUAUGCCAAGACCAUCCUGCUGUCCCCGGACUACUCCUGCUCUGAGGAGAUUUUGAGCAUCGUAUCCCUGCUGUCGGUGGACACCGUGCUGUAUAACCCUCCCGCCAAGCGGGAGGAGGUGCUCGCCUCACGCAAGAAGUUCUCCUCCAGUGAAGGAGACCACAUGACGCUGCUCAACAUUUACAGAGCGUUCAAGAAAGUCAGUGGUAACAAGGAGUGGUGUCGGGAGAACUUUGUCAACAGCAGGAACAUGAGUCUGGUGAAAGAUGUCCAGGCUCAACUCAAAGAUAUCUGCCUUAAGCUCAACAUGAAGCUGGAGUCGUGUGGCGCAGACACGGGGAGCGUUCGCCGCUGCCUUGCCCACGGGAUGUUCGUCAACGCCGCCGAGCUGCAACCCGACGGCAGCUACUUAGCCCUGGACACCCACCAGCCCGUGGCCAUCCACCCGUCCUCCGUCCUGUUCCAGGCCAAGCCAGCGUACGUGGUCUUCAACGAGCUGCUGCACACGUCCCGCUGCUACAUGAGGGACCUGUGCUUGGUGGACGCCGACUGGCUGCUGGAUGCAGCGCCGGAGUACUUUGGCCGCAAACUGCACCCGACCAAGAGCUAACCGAGGGAGCACAUUACCUUCCAAAUCACUUGAGUGGGGAUAAAACUGGAAGAUGUAUUCUCCUUAAAAUAAUUCGGAUGAAGAUGCUUAUUGAUUGAAUGCUAAUGCAAUCAAUAAGCAGAACACUUUUCUCUGUGUACUGUGUACUUAACUUCUCUGGAUCUCACUACCUCCCAGCUGACAAGCUUUUGACACGUGUCACUGCAGCAGAGAUCUGCAUAUCGAGGCCUCACAACUUUGACUUCCUGUAAAACUGUAAUUCCGAUUUUUAUAUCCUGCGUUACUACCGCUUGGCAGUAUUUGAUCUUGCCAUUUGGCCACCUGGAGAAAAAAAAGAUGUCAUGCAUCGAUUCUUUCCACAUUUGCAUGUGUUUUAACCACACAGAUGACCUCACUUGAGCUUUGUCUUGGGCUGAGAUUAUUUAGCUCCAUUUUUUUCACAAAAAAUCUAAUCAGACUUGAUAGAAUUGCACUCUCCAUUCGUUCCUCUCAUAACAUAUUGAAUUUAAUUGUUAAGCCACCUACUCAACUAGGUUUAGAAAUCUGCAGUAGACUGGCUGGUGGUUCUUUUCAGUGUCAUUUUGAGGGAUAAUGAGGAGGUUAGGGUUAAGGAGCGGUCUUGUGUCAAGUUUUUCCCGCCAUGUAGUUUGGGUUUAUACAAAGUGGUCUUAAAGGAUUUUAUAUAUGCAAAGAAACUAGAUUUUUCUUAAUCUACGAGGUUAUGUAAAUACAAGAAAAUAUGUAAAUCACCAAAGUUGGAUUUAGAACAUGAGGUUUUUUACAUGUCACAGUGACAUGACUUCACUUUUAUAAUAAGUCUACAUGCAGCACACGUCUCGUCAGCUUGUGCAUGCCUCUUUAUUUAUUUAUGAUCGUACCACCAGUUCCCCUAAAUACGUGCACAUGAGGAGAAGUAGCAUGACUCGUUCUCUAGGUUCUACUCUUUGCCGUUGUAUGUCACUCAGCCCCUACACAGGUGUAUGCUGACAACAUAUGUAUGCAAUGCAUGGAGACUGUAGUUAUCGAUCUGAUCCCUCAGGUCUUUCAUACUUUGUAGAAUGUACACCACGCCAUGUUUCGGAAUGGGAUGGAUGCUCCUCUUGUCUUUUUUUACACUGGACUCAGGACUGUACAAUGUUUAACUGUAACCUGAAUAAAAUUGCUAUUUCCAAAUGUUAAAAAUACCAAAUGCAUCUGGGGAAGAGACUCAUCAGACCAUGUUACAUAGAGGUUGGGUGUUCAGUUCUGUGUUGCUUACGGAUCAUACUGCCCAUUUUGUUUUCAAGAUAAUUUGUUUCCUUCACAAAGGACAAGUAGACCAUUUAAGAUCUGCAUGUUAUAAAGUUUAUAAGAUUACAGUUUAUUAUGAGUAUAUUUACUAUGAAGUCUUGCAUAACCACCAUUGCUAUAAUUUCUAAUAAUAAAUAAGUCAC